AUGAGUUUUGAUUCAACAACACCGUUAAAAUCUAUUAACACUAUAAGCAACGUAUAUUCAAGACGUUGUUUAACGCUUGAUUCUGCUACUAAUUCUGUAGAUGAUUCACACUUUCAAUCUGUUGUUGUUUACUUAUAUUCAUUUAAUCCGGAUUCAUACAAAGAUCGUAUUACAUUUGACUUUCACAAAUGGGCAACUACUGAAGAACUGAUUGAGAAAGUUUUGCAUCAGCGACAAGAACUAGAGCAUCAAUGUGCAGAAGAUUACGAUGUAUAUGAAAUUAUGGGUACCUUAGAUGGACAGACCUUCAAAGAGCGCAAGCUUGACCGAAGAGAAUAUCCAGUGGCUGUGCAAAUGCUCUGGGCUAAACCCCAGCAAAACGAUAACGAUGGAGCUGCGCCAAAAAAUCGCCUUGUUUUGAGACCCCGUGGUUCAUCAUUAAUAUCUGAUGGCGUGCAUUUUGGAUCCACAAAUGCAUCAAGUACAAUCGAUUCAUUUCUAGCGAAAUUCUUAAUACAACCUCAAGAUCGAGAAUAUGCUGAUUUAUGUAUGCUUCCUGAGCUUACAGAACAAACACUGCUUGACAACUUGAAAGACCGAUUCGCAAGUGGACAUAUUUACACAUACAUUGGGCCUAUUCUGGUUGCUGUCAAUCCUUUCAACUUUUUCCCUAUUUAUAAUCCAAAAUAUGCUCGGUUAUAUUGCCAAAGUCGGCAACUUGGUAGUAUGCCACCACACAUUUUUGCCAUUGCUGGUAUCACUUAUCACAGCAUGUUACGGAUCAAAAAAAAUCAAUGCAUUGUGAUUAGCGGUGAAUCAGGUUCAGGGAAAACUGAAUCGACUAAUUUCCUUUUGCAUCAUUUAACAACUCUUAGUCAGAAAGGUUCAUCUACUGGAAGUUCUGUUGAACAAACGUUACUCUCCGCAGGACCUGUACUCGAAGCUUUUGGCAAUGCUGUCACAGUACAGAAUAACAACAGCAGUAGAUUCGGAAAGUUCAUUAAAGUGAACUAUCGAGAAAACGGAAUGGUUUCUGGGGCAAAUCUUGAGAUUUAUUUGCUGGAAAAAUCGCGUAUUAUCUCGCAAGGUGUUGGUGAAAGAAACUAUCAUGUUUUCUAUUACUUAUUGAAUGGUGCAACGGAAGAAGAACGUAAGAAUCAUUACUUAAUGCAACCGAAUGAUUACAAUUACCUAAAUCAAAAUAAUUUCUAUGCAGCAGAAGGCGUGAACGAAUGUUACGAGUAUCAACGACUCAAACAUGCUAUGCAUUCUGUUGGCUUCUCGCAACAAGCCCAACAAAAUAUGUUUACUGUUAUUUCUUCCGUUUUACUGCUUGGAAAUAUACAGUAUGUUAAGAGGCCAGGAUAUCACAGCGAUGAAAAUGCUUAUAUUGAUAAUGAAGAAGUGCUAGGCAUAAUUUCUACUCUCCUUCACAUCAAGGCAUCCAAUCUACAACAAGCUUUAACAAUGCGUCGAACAGUCAUGAAGAAUGAUGUCGUCAUCUCGAGAUAUAAUGUCAACGAGGCAAAAAAUACACGUGACGCUAUGGCAAAGUGUCUGUACAAUGCACUGUUUCACUGGAUCGUAUUACGUAUGAACCAAGCACUGCUGAAAAAGGAACGACUUACGUCCAAAAAUGGAUACUAUAUAGGUAUUUUGGAUAUAUUCGGAUUCGAAGAUGUGGGUGGAAAGUGGAAUUCAUUUGAACAGCUUUGCAUUAAUUACGCAAAUGAACAUUUACAAGCUUAUUUUAAUCAGCAUAUCUUCCAAUUUGAACAAGAAGAAUAUUUGAAAGAAGGAAUCACCUGGACAAACAUUGAAUACAUUGACAAUACUGAAUGUGUACAACUAUUUCAGAGCAAACCAUUUGGCAUUUUACGACUUAUUGACGAAGAAAGUAACAUCAAUAACGGAACUGAUGAAUCGAUGCUUGAUAAACUCAAUCAUUUCUUGCGUAAUAAUGAAUACUAUGAAACACCGCAGAAACGAGAAUCAGCUUUCAUCAUUGCUCAUUACGCAGGGAAAGUUAAAUAUCAAAUUAAGGGUUUCCGGGAGAAAAAUAAAGAUUUAAUGCGACAAGAAGUCUUGAUGACAAUUAAAAAAAGUAAAAGCGCUUUUGUCCGAGGACUUGUUGGCGUUGAUCCAGUAGCAGUAUUUCGUUGGGGUACUGUAAGAGCAAUUUUUCGGGCAAUUAACGCUUUCCGGCAUGCAGGAAAAUUAAUGCUCAAAUCAGAGAGAAAUGAUGAAUGGAAAUUAUCUAAUGACACACGUGGAAAUUUAAAAGGAUUUAGCUCAGAUAUGCAUUUGCACGCUUUUUUGCGUGGUGAAAUUACAUCAGAAGUGAUGCCAGGUUUCUGUGAUACAUCAUUUUUUAAUACAAUCGUCAGUCAUGCACGGAAGCAACCAGGUUUACAGUUGGAAGAUAAUCAUAAUGUUCUGAAAAGCUUGCAGGCAGUAAAAGCAUUUUCGGAGUAUAAACACAUCACAGCAAAGCCUUCGUCUAUUCCAAAUUAUUUUGAUGAUAAUAUUAUUUUACGACAGUUACGAUAUACAGGUAUGCUUGAAACGGUACGGAUACGUCGAGCAGGUUAUAGUGUUCGUAUUGAAUACCAGGAUUUUAUCAAACAAUACCGGAUUUUGUUGCCAAAUGGCCGCGAAAGUACAGUACAAAGUGUUAAGGAGUUUAUAACGCAGCAUGCAAUGAUAGGCAGUGAUAAAGUUCAAUUUGGAAUAACAAAAGUGUUCAUGAGAGAUGCAGAAAAGUUAAUUCUGGACGACCAUUUACAUCGUGCAAUAAUGAAGCAUAUAGAAAUUUUACAACGAUGCAUUCGAGCUUUAAUAGUUAGGCGAAGAUAUGUCAAGUUGCGCAAUAGUAUCAUUAAUCUUCAGGCACUGACUCGAGGAAUGAUCGUAAGAAAUCACCUACGUGAAGUAUACAACGCUGCUCUGAUGAUUCAACGUAACUGGAAGCGAUUUAGAGUUCAGAGAAAAUUUCUACAAAUUUGUCGUAGUAUUCUUGCAAUUCAAACUUACUAUCGUGGUAACUGUGCCAGAAAAAGAUUCGAAGAAAUGCGUAAGGAAGGGAUUCCACUGAGGCGCAGGGCUAACUUUACUAUAUCAAAAGUUGUUCGCAAAAUGGAAUUAGCUUCAUUCAACUUAUACGACCCUGAAUCCUUAGCAGCAUUCGCGGGUUCUGAUGCAGAAGAAGAAGUAUUCUCCAAUACUUCAAGUAGUGCCAGCAUUCUGGAUGAAGAUGACGAUAAUACAGAAAAUGACCGAAGUGCAAAAAGUUUGAUUCACUCUAAUAGUAGUCAGUUGGAGACAGAACUUGAUGCAACAUUCAUCGUAGAAGAUAAAAAACUGAAACUGAUCAACACACCACGAGAUUCAGCGGUUUUUAAACGUCGACAAAGUAUUGCAACAACUUGUUCAGCUGAGAAGAUGAGAAUGUUUCGAAGAGCUGCUAGUUCGGAAAAUGAUCAAAUCUCAAUAGCUGAUCAUAUGAUACCUUCGAGUCCAGAAAGCAAAAAUAAAAGCAAACGAUUAAGUUUUACGCGAGCAAAGAAACAGUUAAAAGCGUUUUUACUGCGUCGAAGUGCCAGCUUAUCCAGCGAUGGCGAAGGCCACCAAUCUUCAACUGCAAGCGUAACGAUAAUCGAAGCAGUGAAGGCAUCAACUUCAAAGCCUUUUAAACAUAUUUUAAAACUUACUCGAUUACAUCGGAAUGAAAAUUGUGCGAUAUGUAAUAAAAGUUUAUCCGAGUGUAAAUUAUCAUUUCACAAAGAAUGCCUGUCAUUUUCCUGCAAAAUUCCUUGCCAAACGCCUGUUCAAUCUCCUCGGCCAGAUGUCAGUCCACCAAAAAAAGCAUGGGAAAUAAAAUCAGCUUGGCCACCAAAGCAAUCAUUCGGCCCACUCAUUCUUCAACCGGUUAAAUCAUUCAAUUUGCAAAAAACUAAGCAACAGACGGACCCUUGUGAUAUGAUCAUCGAAAGUGAAAAUGAUCUGAGACAAUUCAACAUUUUCAUUUUCAAAAAGUUGGUUAAAUUGGAGAACAAGACAAAAAAAAGAGAUACUCAAAUCGAUGCAAUUUUUAAAAAAGCUUUCAAGGAAUUUCAUAUGGAAAUUAUUGGCUAUGAAGCUGUGAUCUCUGAAAAUCAGACAGUUUUAAAAUAUCGCGAUCUCAUAACUAUUUUCGAAGGUUCAUUAACCAAAGUUUCAGCUCAGGAACAGGUAACAUUCCCUACAACACUUGGACUGAAUGCAUUCCGAGGAUUCCUCAACGAAUUCAUGCAUGAGCAAGUGAAAAGUCGAAAAUUACAGAAGAAAUCCCGCGUUCUAGAGAAUGUUCGCAAGAAACGAAAGAAACCGGAUGCAACAGCAAUACAUAAUGGUCAUCUCUUCAAGUUAGAAUAUGUUCACGUUCCUACUUAUUGCGAAACUGGCGGGCGAUUUUUCGGUGCUGAUUUAAGCAGUCUUGUGGAUGAACAAGACUCUAUUCCAAUUGUUAUAAAUAAGUUAUUCAUAACAAUCGAGCUAAAAGCACUUUUUGUAGAAGGAAUUUAUCGAAAAAGUGGAGCAAUGGUUCUUGUACGUAACGCACGUCGAAAAAUUGAAAACGCUGAAGAAUUUGAGAAGCUUACAUUUGAUGACAUCCCAACUCACGUCAUAACAACUUUAGUGAAAUCAUUUUUCCGAGAACUUCCCGAGCCUCUAAUUACGUACGAUCUCUAUGAAAACUUUUUAAAUGCUUCAGAAGUUCAGGAAAGUUUUGAACGAAUACAAUGUUUAAGUGUAAUGAUGGAAUUAUUGCCAAAAUGUAACAAGAGUGUUUUGGACCGAUUGAUGUAUCAUUUGGCUCGUGUUGCUAAUCAGGAAUCGGUUAAUAAAAUGGGUGCAGCUAAUUUGGCAGUAAUAUUUGCACCUUGUAUUUUGCGUAGCAAUCAAACAAUGCAUGCGCAAGAUCAACUUCGUGACGUUGAAAGACAAGCAAUUUGCGUGCAAACUUUGAUUGAAGCAAAGUUGCGUCAGUUCCGCGCGACAUUAUCUGAAAUAGUUUCACUAGAAACUGCCAGUGAAAAAAUUGUUGAAAAUUUACGCUUGAUUGAAGAACACAAAGAUAUAGUAGAUAGUGAAUCUGAUGGAAAAAGUGAGAAUUUAGAAACCGCACGACAGUUAUUUAUAGAGCAAUUAGAUUUCUUGGAUGGCGAAAAAGACAAAUUGAUUCAAGAAUUGCCACCGUUAGCACCGGUAGCGUCUUCAGAAGAUUUAUCUUCGCUUGAUGAACACAGCACUUCUCCUUUACUUAUCGAAGAAACUCGACAAGAAGAAUAUGCCCUAGACUUAAACGCCCCACCAAUAUUCAAUAUUUUGAGGAAUCUCACAAAAUCACGACCAAGGCCAUCAUCGAGACGUCCACCAACUUUCAAAACGUUCCGAGAACGCGAUUAA